AUGAAAGCAAUCCAUAUCCGCGCAUUUGCUGCAGAGGCUUCUGACCUGCAAGUCAGUGACAUUCCCGUCCCGAGUCCGAAACAUGACGAAUAUCUCAUUCGGAUCUCGUAUUGUUCCCCGCAACACGCGGACAUUCUCCACGCGAAGGGGAAGCAUCAGAACAAUUCCAAGCGAGGGUGGUGUCAUCCACCAUUUGUGCUUGGUUACGACUUUGGUGGUGUAGUUCAGUCUGCACCUUCUUCUGGCAAGCUGAGGAAGGGAGACCGUGUCUUUGGCGCCGCAAUUGGUGCUUUCGCUGAAUACAUAUGCGUUUCAGAGGGGGCAAUCCGUAAAGUGCCGGACGUUUUGGAUACGGCCACCGCAGUUGCCAUGUCGGGACAGGCAGUGAGCUAUGCGUCGGUAGUUCAGAUUGCAAAUGUCAAGCCCGGAGAAACGGUUCUGGUUAGUGGUGCUAGCGGUGGACUUGGAAGUGUCUGCUGUAUGGUUGCCAAGGCUGUUGGGGCAAAGGUGAUUGCUCUCGCUGGCGAUGCCAAAAAAGCCGAACUCAUGCGCAAAGAUAUGGAUGUUGACCUUGUGCUUGUGCUGGAAGACGGCUGGAUCGAUAAAGUCAAAGACUUCACCGGAGGCGAAGGCGCAAAUGUGUUCUUGGACAAUACGGGAAUGGUCAACGACGCCAUUCGAAGUGUGGCGUACUUUGGCCGAAUCGUUAUUCUGGGCUUCGCCGCAAGGGGUGGGGUAAUGGAGGAUGUGAAGAUGAAUAAGCUUUUGUUGAAGAGCAUCACUGUUACCGGGUAUCGCUUUGGGGAGAGCGGGAGGAGAUAUCCUGAGCAGCUGGAGGAGAUCUGGACCGGGUACCUGGAUAUGCUAUCAAGCGGCAAGCUGAAGCCUAUCAUGUACGGGAAGUAUGAUGGUCUCAAAGAUAUUGGUAGAGCCCUGCAGGAUCUUGAGGCUCGGAAGGUGUACGGGAAGAUAGUUGUUAAAGUAUCUGAUGAAUCCGCUGCGGGCAAGUUGUAG